AUGUUUAAGCAGUGGUGGCGAAGUUUAAUAUUCGAAAAUCCUGAAAAUCACGGCAACCCUGACACAACUGCUUUCGGAAAAAUCUGCUUUCAAUUAAUCGCACAAAAGCCACUGCGCGAUAUAAUUAUUGACACGAAUAAAGAAGAACUCAUUCGUUCAUUGAAUUUUUUUGCUUUAAACACAUUUGGAUUGGGAGCUAUAAUUGGUGCUGGCAUCUACAGUCUUGUGGGCAAUGCUGCUGCGGAUUUUGCUGGUCCAGCUGAGAUUCUCUCACUGUUGAUUGCAAUGCUUCCAGCCUUUUUUACAGCUUUAUCCUACGCUGAAAUGGCUUCCAUGAUUCCUGCAAGUGGUUCCUCUUACACUUACAUCUAUACAGUACUCGGCGAAUUUUGUGCAUGGUUGGUCGGUUGGAAUCUUUGUCUCGAGUAUAUGGGUGCAGCUUCAGCCGUUAGUGUUUCAUGGGCGAAUCACGUCGGAUCAUUUAUUGAGUUAGUUUCUUCGGCAAGCAUUGAUCAUCGUCUGCUUUCAGCUCCAGUCAGCUGGAAUGCUACCGCUCAAAAUUUUUAUUUGACAGGCAGUUGGAUAUGUUUACCCGCUGUUAUCGUCAUUCUCGUUCUUACUGCUAUCAUUAUCUAUGAUUUGGAUACUUCAUCUCUCCUCAUCAGUAUUAUUGUCAUUCUGAAAAUUGUCAUUCUGCUAAUAUUUAUUUGUGUUUGUAUCAAAUAUAUUGAUCCAAAAAAUUAUCAUCCAUUCUUACCGAAAAGUGAAGGUGGAAACACCUAUGGCAUCAAGGGGUUGCUUCAUGCUACUACAAUCAGUUUCUUUGCAUUCAUUGGAUUCGAUGAAAUCACAACAGCUGCUCAAGAAGCUACCACAGAGGCAGCAAGACUUUUACCAUUAAGUAUUUUAAUUUCACUGGGCAUAGCAACAAUCCUUUAUCUGGGAGUCGCCUCGGUAAUGCUUGGCGUAGUUAACUAUAAAGAUCUGAAAGUGCCAAAUCCAAUAGCAGAAGUAUGCAAAGUUAUAGGUUUGAAGUGGCUACAAGUUAUAGUUCACCUUGGUGCGAUUUUGGGAUUGACAUCAGUGAUACUAGUCACUCUGUAUGUACAAUCGAGAAUUUUCUAUUCAAUGUCAAAAGAUGGAUUGCUGCCACCUGUCUUCAGCAAAAUAAAAUUAUGGAAGAAAAAAAAAACAGUGGUGAAUAAUAUUACUUUUUCUUCAUCGACAACAACAACAACCACGAUUGAAACCAACACUACCAUCGCCACUGUUGAGCCAACAAUAACAAUCACUGGUAAUAUUCACGAGACAAAUAAACCAACUGGCUCACCAGUGUGGGCUAGUAUUGCAAUAGGUUGGUAG